AUGGAACAUAACAAUGAAGAAGAUAUACAUAACAGUAGUGAACUAAAAUCUCAAUUUGAAGAUAAAGAAAAAAAAAAAAAGGAAAGUAAUAAAGAUAUAAAUUCUAAUUUGAUUGUGUGUGAGGAAAAAAAUGAAAAUAAUAUGGAAUCACAAGUUUUAAAUAGUAGGAAAGAAAUGCCUUCAAUAGCCAAUUUAAAAGAAAAUGCAAAUAUUUUUGCUGAACACAUAGCAAAACAAGCAAAAAUGAAAGCAUCAGAAUUUAUUUCUAAAAAUGAUAGAGUUCAACAGGAAUUUAGUGGAAUUGGUAUGAAUACUAACCAACAAAAUUCUAUGGAAAACAAUUAUAUAAAUAUUAAAGAUGAAUAUGUCAUUAUAAAUGAUUCUGAAGAUGAAAAUCAAGAAAAUUUAAAUGAAAAACAACGAAAAAAGAAAAUUUUAAUUGGGGCCAAACCUGUUAUGCCUACUGGUGAUAAAGAACUAUUAGAAAAAUUAAAACAAAGAAGAAUAUAA